AUUGACAUAUUAUCUUGUAAUGACAUUUCAGUCAGUAGGUUAUUUUUUGAUCCAAUGUGAAAUUUAUUUUGUUUUCAUGUUUAGUUUUUAUUCCAAAGAUGUAUAAAAAUUUCACUCGUAUUAUUUCAAUUAGUUGUAAUGAAACUUUACAGCCGUGUAUUACUCCAUUCCUUAGGAAUAGUGUGUUGUGUACAAACAAGGGUCGUAUUAGCAGUAUAGGUUAUGUUUUCCGAAGAACCAAGAAACAUGACCGAAAUCCAUCGUCUCUGUUUGUGCCAGUGCCAGUCAAGCCCAACCCUGAUGACAUGAAUAUAGGGGAAGAAUUCACUGGCCGUCUGAAAAAGCAGGACUUGCUCAAAAUACUGAACAGAUUUUAUCAGAAACCUGAAGUUCGGGUUUUGGCUUCAGAGAAUGGUUUGGAUGACACACUGUUGCAUCAGGCAUUCCUAUCAUUCAGAAGACAUUGCUUAGAACACGAUCUACCUCCAGAUUUACAUAUAACUAUUAGUGAUAUAUUACAAGGCGCUGGAAAUGUGAAUGAUUUAUUCCCGUACUUCGUAAGACAUGCCCGACUGGCGUUUCCUCAUUUAGACUGUUUAGAUGACCUUAAGAAAAUAUCAGACUUGCGUACCCCAGCCAACUGGUAUCCACAAGCCAGAAGUAUGAAUAGAAAAAUAAUAUUUCACGCUGGACCAACAAACUCGGGAAAGACCUACCAUGCCAUGGAGAGGUUCCUAAGUGCCAAGUCCGGGGUCUACUGUGGCCCUCUCAAGUUGCUUGCUGCUGAAAUAUACCACAAAGCUAACAAAAGGGGUAUCCCAUGUGAUCUAGUAACAGGAGAAGAGAGGACACAUGCAUCACAAUGUAACAUUCUAACAGGAACCGUUGAUGCACCAGAAGAAGAUCCCAACACAAUUGUUGAGGCAGAACCCAAAGAGUCCAGUCAUGUAGCUUGUACCGUUGAAAUGACUUCCUUAAAUCAUAAUUAUGAUGUAGCUGUAAUAGAUGAAAUACAAAUGAUAGGUGAUAAAGGCAGAGGAUGGGCGUGGACCAGAGCCAUAUUAGGAUUACAAGCAGAUGAAAUACAUUUAUGCGGGGAAGCCGGCGCAAUCAAUCUCAUUGAAGAAAUCUGCAACACCACAGGUGAAGAAAUGGAGGUGCGGACAUACAAACGUCUAACAGAGCUGAAGGUCCAAGACGCAGCGCUAUCCUCACUAGACAAUGUGCAGCCGGGUGACUGUAUAGUGUGUUUCAAUAAGAACGACAUUUACAGUGUAAGUCGAGCGAUCGAACAGAGGGGCCAUGAAGUGGCGGUGAUAUACGGCAGCCUGCCGCCCGGCACUAAGCUGGCUCAGGCCAACAAAUUCAAUGACCCUGAAAAUUCAUGUAAAGUCAUGGUCGCCACAGACGCUAUCGGUCUGGGAAUCAAUUUGAGCAUACGAAGGAUAAUAUUCUAUUCUCUAGUCAAGCCAGUGGUGAAUGAGGAUGGGGACAAAGAAAUAGAUGUCAUUAGUAUAUCACAAGCUCUGCAGAUUGCAGGUCGCGCGGGCCGCUACGGCAGCGCAUGGGAGACAGGCUUCGUGACCACCUUCAGGCCUGAAGACCACGGGACCCUGAAGACAUUACUGGCUAGUACCCCGGACCCCGUGGCGCAGGCCGGGCUGCACCCCACGGCGGAACAGAUGGAGUUGUACGCGUACCAUCUGCCGCACGCUACGUUGAGUAGCUUGAUGGACAUAUUCGUGCACCUGUGCACCGUAGACGACUCGCUCUACUUCAUGUGCAACACGGAGGCGUUCAAGUUCUUAGCCGAGAUGAUCCAGCACGUGCCGCUGCCGCUGCGCGCGCGAUACGUGUUUUGUUGCGCGCCGAUCAAUAAUAAACUGCCGUUCGUUUGCGCCACGUUCUUAAAGAUGGUCCGUCAGUACAGCCGCAGCGAGCCCCUCACGCGGGGCUGGCUGUGCCGCGCCGUGGACUGGCCCGCGCCCCCCCCGCGCACCAUCAUGGACCUCGUGCACCUCGAGGCCGUGUUCGACGUGCUCGAGCUGUAUCUGUGGCUCAGUUACCGGUUCCCGGACAUGUUCCCGGAUGUGAAGCUGGUCCGUGAGAUGGAGGUGGAACUGGACGCCAUCAUACAACAAGGCAUCUUUCAGAUCACCAGAUUGCUGCGCAACUCGGAGCAACUCCUCAAGGAGUCCGGCGGCGCGGCGGAGGGCGCCUACCCCCGCGCGCCCCGCGCCCCCGCCCGCCCAGACGACGGGAAGGGGAAACUGUCCGAUAUGCUUGUUUCUAGGGGUCUCAUCACCCCGCAGAUGCUGAAGAAGCUCCAGAGCGAGCUGGUGGCGGACGCCAAGCCCGACCGCGGCAAGAAGAAGACACCCACCAGACACAAACGGAAGUGAAUAGUAGAAGAGACGAUAGUAGUUCUAAAAGUGAAUGGUGUCCGCACAAUACUGGCUUUGGAGAAUGAGGCUAUAAGUGUAGAAUGCGAGACCAACAUGCCGAUGGCGUACUGCGGGUUCAUACACCCUAGUGGGAAGCGAUUUUCGUUCCUCACUGAUUGCGGGCCGGGCCGGUGUGAAGUCAAAAUAAAUGCCACUAAGGCUGACGCUGGUGAAUGGCACUGCCAUAUCGGGACCAGCACUGUGGGACUGGAGUCUAAGCAGAAGAUUGUAGUGCGCAUAGUAAACAAGCUAGCCGCCGUGGAGCCCCACAUGACGGCGGUGCACGCGCGGCCCGCCACGCUGCUGUGUGUGUCGGCGCAGACCCUCACCCCGCUCAGCUACUGCCGCUUCGAGCCGCCUAGUGGCAGCCCGUUUAGCAUCUCGCCGGAAGUUACUGAGGAUAAAGCGAUCCUAGGCCGCUACUACUUCCCCCCCAACCGCUCCCUGGACGGCGGCGCGUGCGCGGUGCGGGUGCGGCGCGUGCGCCACGACGAUGUGGGCGCGUGGACCUGUGCGGCAGGGUUGGAUGAUGGAAAUGAGUAUGUGGAUGUUAUACAUCUGGAAGUGCAGGGCUACUACACAAUGUCGACAGCAUCAGUCACUGGAAUCACCUUCGGUAGCAUCGCUGCAAUCGCUGUCCUGGUCAUAUUAGGAGUCAGUGCAUGGAAGAAGAAAACCUUCCUGACCGGAAGGGCGCGGCCGGAAGCGCCGGAAAUGGCGGAAGAGCACGAAAUGGCGGCGGUUCCGGCGGAAACGGGGAGAACCCCGAUGGGAUCUCAAAGGACUAUUCCGAGUGUGAUCGUGGAAUCUCCAUCGGAGCCUAGCACGUCUAUUCGUCAUGAACAUUGAGGUGCUCCUUAUUUAUAAAUCAUAAUUUUGGAAUUUCUAUUCCGCGUAAUGCCACAUAUCCUAUGAUGGAUGGAUACCAUUAAUAUACAAAACUGAUGUUAUGAUAUCGAGGAAGUGCGAUAGAUCUUGAAA